UCUGUGAGGCAAUUUACUUUAAAGAGCAGACAGUUAAGAUUUUUCAAAAGUUGUUUUUGUGAACUCAGCAGCUUGUACCUUGAACAAAGCAGUUAGUGUUGAUGUCUAAAACAAGAUUAGAACCAUGAAAUUGGAGAUUCCAGAAACAUUUGAAGAUGUUGCUGUGGACUUCUCGAUGGAAGAAUGGAAUAUGCUGACCAAAGAAGACAAACUGCUAUACCGGGAGGUGAUGGCACAGAACUUUGAUCACAUGGUAUCUGUAGGAUACAAUGUUCCACUAGAACACCUGCUGUUGCGUAUUGAAAAACAUGGUGAACUUCCAUUUAAUAUGAAGCUAGAAGAUUUGACUGUGGUAAAAACAGAUCUUCCUAAAGUCACACAAACCAGAAAAAGAAUGCAUGAAAACAGCAAUUGUGAAUGUCUUGAAGUUAAACUAUUGUUUCCCCAUGCCAAAAUUCAAGAUGUUGAUCCUGCAAGCCAUUCUCUGUCCUCUCAUAUCUUCACAGGCCUUCUCGGAGACUGA